AUGCAGAAAGUUGCCGAAGACACCGAGCUCACCGAGCAACAACCUCCCACCUCCACCGAGACCCCCAAGUCCGAGUUCGAUCCGUGUUGUAAUGCUAAAAUCACUUCACCCUUCUACCUCUACAACCACGAUUCUUCUCGACCAUCCUUCGAUGUAAAGAAGCCAGACCCGGUCCAGGUGGCUAUACACGACGUCGAAGCCGGCACGGCCAACCUCUCACCCAGUAUAACCCAGGAAAAGCGAGAUGCUCAAAAUGCAGUCGCCCACCGAUUCAAAUUCUGGAAGAGGGAGAAGCAAUGCAUGACAAAACCAAAACCAAGGGGAUGCAUGUGGUUGAAACAAUUGCCUCCUCGACAGAGACUCAUUGUCAAGCUUCUGAUGGCAUUGGUCAUUAUCGGUGCAAUGGUGGGCAUUGCUGUUGGUAUCACUGCCAGCGUCCAUGGUGGAGUCUACAAAAGCAAUAAUUCGACGACGCCAAUUGGUUGA